AUGUUCGAUUCAGUCACGAAAGCCAUUAUCAAAUCCCUCUCAAGUCGGGGGGAUUACACCACUAACUCUGACCCAACAGACAUUCCCGUCGAUGAAGAUGCCGAUACCGAUCACAUAACACCUUGGAAAUAUAAAUAUAAAUAUACUUUACAUCCUCGAAUGAACUGGCACACAGGUGGUAAAUACUUUGAAUACUCGUGUAAAAUCAGGGGCAAUUCAUCCGCAAGCGCAAGAGCAGGUGGUGGGGGUGAGGAAGAGGAGAUGAUCCGACAAGCGCUUCAAAGGCAAGUGGAUAAGACUGUAUCUACCCUCAAUAGCAAUGCGGAUCACACUAGCUAUACGUCGAAUGCAGGAGCCGUAAUUAGCAGUACGCAACUAUUCGCCCAUUCGGCGAAGAAUUUCAGAGAGGAUACUAUUAAUAAGGGUUUGGUCGAUGUUAGAUCUUAUCAGACGGAAUUAGGAGAUAAUUUCAAAGAUUAA